UUGUUGGUCCGAGUUUCACUUCUGGGGGAAAAUCCGAGCCAUCCGAAUGGCACCAUAUUUGCUGAGUUCUUGAUGAUAAUUAUUGUUCUGAUUAUUACUCCUGUUAUCUUUUAUUUAUUGUACAAAAGGUAUACCUAAAGUCGAUUUGAUUUGAUCCAGUGGUGGGUUGGUGAAGUGACUCACCCACCAUGGACUGGAAGAGGGAUCUGGGCUUCACCGAUCGAUUGACGGUCAUCCAGACACUGACCAGCACCUACCAGCGGGCCUCUUCGUCGGCUGCCUUCGCCGAAGCCCAGGCACAAGCCCGACGGUUCGAAGGGGAGGCGUAUGAGAAGGCGGUAUCUCGAGAAGAAUAUGAGCGGAUGUGCCAGCAGGCCAUUGACGAAGCCGAAACAACAGAUUCAGUGGCGCCGAUAAUCAGUAGUCCGGCAGGAGGGGGAGAGGAACAGGAUGACGGUGACGGUGACGGUGACGAUGACGACGAUGGAGAGGGCUACGCCGGUGAAACGAUUGGGAGAUAUCGGCACUGCUUCUACCACAGAGACGGGCUCCAUUCAUCAGUCUACAAGGCCAAGGACGAGACCGAUGGGGGUCUGAUGGUGGCGUUAAAAGUCACCGUGCCCCAUAUGAUGGCAGCUCCUCACAACGCACAUCGAGAAGUCCGGCUGCUGCAGAAGGCAGCCGGGUCAAGAGUGAUUGCUCUGCGCGAGAGCUUCAACCUGUCUGGCGGCCGCUUGAUCCUGGUGUUUCCCUUUAUGCGAUACGACCUGGAACAGCUGCUGCGACAGGGUUUGGUGACGGCACAACAGGGCCGGUCUCAUCUCCGCGACCUUUUCACGGCGCUAGCCCAUCUCCACGGCUUGGGGAUCAUCCACCGCGACGUGAAGCCGGCGAAUAUCCUACUGGAGAGUCUCGACGGACCCGCCUACCUGGCAGACUUGGGAAUCGCCUGGCGAGAGGGCGAGCAAGGCUCGGAACCGCCCGCGCAGAAGAUCACCGACGUCGGAACCACCUGUUAUCGGCCUCCGGAGGUUCUAUUCGGGUUGAAGGCGUAUGGAACCGCCCUGGAUCUCUGGGCGGCCGGGUGCGUGGUGGCAGAGACCCUCGUGGCAGGUCACACGCCGCUGUUUGAUGCCGGGCCUGUCGGUAGCGACCUAUCUCUCAUCCAUUCCAUCUUCAAGACACUAGGCACGCCCAACGCCCAAUCCUGGCCGGAAACACAGAGGUUACCGGACUGGGGUAAGGUCGAGUUCUAUGAAUUCCCGACCGGAUCGUGGGACGAGAUCCUCAAGGGAGCCUCCUCCAAGGGCCGCGAGCUGGUGAGCCAGUUGGUCCGCUAUGAGAGCAGCGAGAGACUAGCUGCCAGUGCUGCUCUGCAACACCCGUAUUUCAUGGUUCCGUAGGCACCACCUGAGCCUCACCCUGAAGUGCCAAGUACGGAGUACGGAGGACACCAUAAAUAGAGGUGGUAAGCUAUGGAGCUUCAUAUACUCCGUACUCCGUACUCCGUACAUUAUUAGUCAAUACUUAUGAUCAUUGCCGGGGAUACCACUACAAUCGUUUAGUCUUACUGGUUGCCCAGACUAAUGACCACGCAACAGCACGCUGAUCGCUGACAGGACCGCCGGUGCUGUGAAAACCUUGUCGGCUGGUUUGGCUUCAAUUGGCCUCAUCCUGCCGUCCUGCGCUCAGCCCAUCCUGUUCGUCCACUGAUUCAGUCCGUGUAAGCGAAAUGAACACCAAUGGGCUGUGCCGCUAGGAUGGCUCGGAGAUUCGUUCGUGUUCGAGUAGUGAGGAACUAAAGACAUUCCUUGACUGGC